GCCCGACCUUCCCACGGUCCACCUGCCCCGCGGCGGGUUAAAGGCGGGGAAGCCGGGUGCGGGGAGAGAGGCGCCCGCACAUGCGCCUUGAGGGAAGAUGGCACCUGCCGGCUGCUGGUGGGGCGGCGCUGUCUCUGUCGCCGGCGCUGCCCCGCGCCUCCUGGUGCUGGUGCUGGUGCUGGUGCCGGUGCUGCUGGGGGUCCUGUCCGUUCAGCUGCACCCGGGGGCCUUGGCCACUGAGUACUACUCUCCGCUGUCGCUGCUCAAGCAAGAGCUACAACACCGACAGCAGCCGGAGGCCCCGGCAGGCGGCGGCGGCUGUAACCCGCAGUCGGGAGACUGGGGGGACCCGUACUCGGCCGAGUGCAGCGAGUCGUCCUUUUUGAACUUCCAUGAUUCAAACUGUGAGCCCAGAGGAUCACCACCCUGUGACUCUUUGCUUUCCCUCAACACUGAAAAGAUUCUGAGCCAGGCCAAAUCUAUUGCAGAACAAAAGAGAUUCCCAUUUGCUACUGAUAAUGACAGCACAAAUGAAGAGUUAGCGAUUGCUUAUGUGUUGAUUGGCAGUGGUCUCUAUGAUGAAGCAAUAAGGCAUUUUUCAACAAUGCUGCAGGAGGAGCCUGAUCUGGUUAGUGCAAUUUAUGGCCGAGGGAUAGCCUAUGGAAAGAAGGGACUACAUGACAUUAAGAAUGCUGAGCUUGCUCUGUUCGAAUUGAGCCGAGUAAUUACCUUGGAACCAGACCGUCCAGAGGUAUUUGAGCAGCGAGCAGAAAUUCUGUCCCCUCUGGGACGAAUCAACGAAGCAGUGAAUGACCUCACUAAAGCUAUUCAACUUCAGCCCUCAGCACGGCUGUACAGACAUCGGGGGACCCUCUAUUUCAUAUCAGAGGACUAUGCAACAGCCUAUGAAGACUUUCAGCAGUCCUUAGAACUGAACAAAAAUCAACCUAUAGCUAUGCUAUACAAAGGUUUAACUUUCUUUCACAGAGGACUUUUGAAGGAAGCUAUUGAAUCCUUCCAAGAGGCUUUGAAGCAGAAAGUUGAUUUUAUUGAUGCAUAUAAAAGUCUGGGACAGGCCUAUAGAGAACUGGGCAAUUUUGAAGCAGCCACUGAGAGCUUUCAAAAGGCACUGUUGCUCAAUCAAAAUCACGUACAGACCCUCCAGCUUCGGGGAAUGAUGCUUUAUCACCAUGGCAGCUUACAGGAAGCCCUUAAAAACUUUAAGCGGUGUCUGCAGCUAGAGCCAUAUAAUGAAGUAUGCCAGUAUAUGAAAGGACUCAGCCAUGUUGCGAUGGGACAGUUUUAUGAAGGGAUAAAAGCACAGACUAAAGUUAUGCUAAAUGAUCCUCUCCCAGGUCAGAAGGCUAGCCCAGAGUAUCUUAAAGUGAAGUAUCUCCGAGAAUAUUCUCGAUAUCUUCAUGCACACCUUGAUACUCCCCUUACGGAAUAUAACAUUGAUGUGGAUCUGCCUGGAAGCUUUAAGGACCAUUGGGCUAAAAAUCUGCCUUUUCUCAUAGAAGACUAUGAAGAGCAGCCAGGGUUGCAACCCCACAUAAAAGAUGUAUUACAUCAUAAUUUUGAGAGUUAUAAGCCUGAGGUACAAGAGCUGAUAUGUGUAGCUGAUCGUUUGGGAUCACUGAUGCAGUAUGAAACACCUGGUUUCCUGCCAAACAAGAGAAUACACAGAGCCAUGGGUUUGGCAGCAUUGGAAGUCAUGCAAGCUGUACAACGUACAUGGACCAACUCAAAGCUUCGAAUGAAUGGAAAAACUCGGCUGAUGCAAUGGAGAGAUAUGUUUGACAUUGCAGUAAAAUGGAGAAGGAUUGCUGAUCCAGACCAGCCUGUGCUGUGGUUAGAUCAAAUGCCAGCACGAAGUCUUAGCAGAGGCUUUAAUAAUCACAUUAAUUUAAUCAGGGGUCAAGUGAUUAACAUGAGAUACCUGGAAUAUUUUGAGAAAAUACUUCAUUUUAUUAAAGAUAGAAUUCUUGUUUAUCAUGGAGCUAAUAAUCCUAAAGGAUUGUUGGAAGUUAGAGAAGCUCUGGAAAAGGUACACAAGGUAGAAGACCUUCUUCCAAUUAUGAAGCAGUUUAAUACUAAAACAAAGGAUGGCUUCACUGUGAACACAAAAGUUCCAAGCCUCAAAGAUCAAGGGAAGGAAUAUGAUGGAUUCACAAUUACCAUUACAGGAGACAAAGUUGGCAAUGUACUAUUUUCGGUGGAAACUCAAACCACAGAAGAAAGAACACAAUUAUAUCAUGCUGAAAUAGAUGCACUUUAUAAAGACCUGACAGCAAAAGGAAAAGUAUUGAUUCUUUCAUCAGAAUUUGGGGAGGCUGAUGCUGUUUGUAACUUAAUUUUAUCCUUAAUUUAUUACUUUUAUAAUUUAAUGCCACUCUCUCGAGGAUCCAGUGUAAUAGCUUAUUCAGUGAUCGUGGGAGCACUGAUGGCAAGUGGAAAAGAAGUAGCAGGAAAAAUUCCCAAAGGGAAGUUAGUUGACUUUGAAGCUAUGACAGCCCCCGGUUCAGAGGCUUUUAGCAAAAUAGCCAAAAGCUGGAUGAACUUAAAAAGUAUUUCUCCUUCUUAUAAGAUUCUUCCAUCAGUAUCAGAGACGUUUCCAACGUUAAGAUCAAUGAUAGAGGUGCUAAACACAGACUCUUCUCUACGAUGUCUUAAGAAACUCUGAUUACUCUGUAGUAUUUAUACGAGUAAAAGGCCGGGACCUCUUGCUUCUUAAGUUAUUUUUUUAAACGUGGAAUUAUAAAGAAAUUAGGUCCUUUAUUACUUUUGAUACCAAUUUUUGAUAGGAAUUGAAUACUUGAAAUCAUUUUCAUUAUUUUUCUGAACCAUGUCAAAAAUCAUGAAAGAGGGCUUUUGGGGGAAGAAAAAGCUUAUGUCUGGGAGGGAAAAGUGUAUGUAUUGGCCAGUGGCCUAUUGGCUUGCACUUUAAAGUCAUAUGACUACUCCCUUACAGCAAAAAAAGUUUACUUCAAAGACCAAAAAUUAAGAACUAAAAUUAACAGAACCAACAACAAAACAGGAGUGCUUUCCUUCCUUUAAAUAUUUGGUUAUUUUUCAAAGACUUUUUUUUUAUGCACUUUGUGAGAGAGUAUCUGUUUUUUCAACUCAUGUAGUCUCCAUGGAUGAGGUCUACGUUUUAUUUGAAUUAUGGAAGAUUCAUGGGCCAUUGAUAUGUGCCAUAGAAUUCACACGGCCAGGAGCACUUAUUUUGUAUGAUGCAGACAGUAUUUGCUAAUGACCCAAACACUGAAUUAUGGAAACAUGAGUGUUUUUUCUUUUUUUCUUUGUCAGGGAAGAAAAUAACAAGGGUGACUUCUAUACAUCACCACCAGUGUUUGGCACUGGAUUAUGUAUGUUUUUAUUUUGUGAACUAGUUUCGCUUUCAGGUAUGCACCCUUCAGAAAAUUACUGAUUUUUUUUUUUCCAUCAGGGUCAAUGACAAUGAACAAGUAAAAUUAGUUAAUUAAAAUGUCAUUUCUAAUUCA